CGUGGAAAGAAGAACGGCGACAAAGGGAACGAUCUGUAUAUUUUAAACGAAUAAAAAAAAAUCGCGAUCCUAUUUUGCCUAUAAGAGUGUAAAUAAAGACAUUUUUUUUCGAUUCUUUUUUUUUUCAUUUUUGAAUCCAGUGUGAAAUACAAAGAAAAAAAUUCAGUUGUUUUUAUUCUCUGGCAACGGUUCUUGCGCGUAUACACCACAUUUCAUUUGGUUUUUUUGUUUCGAAGGUUGAACAUCGAACGAAUCCAAUUAAAAUCGACUGUCGAUAAAUACAUUUUUAUCCGAGGUGUCGAUACUGAUAUGAUUCAGUGUUAUAAUUUUUUUUUGUCGCAAUAAGUGAUUAUAUAUAGGCGGGUGUGUGAUUUUAUUUACCUGUUUUUAAAACUUUGUUUGGGAUAGUCAAAAGAGUUGAAAAAGGGCUAGCGAAUUAAAAUAGCCGCCCGCAGUCUGGCACAAAUUUAAUAAAUUAAGUGGUGUCACAGAAUGUUUGUACACUGAAAACAAAUGAUAAAUUAAUUUGAUGUGAUUUCUUUGAUGCAUAGAUGUUUUGAUUUAAUCGAACGAUAAUACCUAAUGAAAGGAUGAAAAACGCAUAUACAUUUAUUUACGUUAAUUCAUAAUGAAUAAUAACUCAAAGUAAACAAAUAUUGCAAAAAAAAAUAAUGAAAUAUGAAGUGGUGUGACUCUAUCAAAAUAACAACAACAAAGAAAUGCUGACGAGCUCCGAUAACAAAUAACCGAUUCGUCAGAUAUGGUGUUUUAUUGUAAAAUUAAAUUUAUUAAAAUAAUUCAACUUGAAUUUAGAAUAAUCGCAAAAAGGAGUCGAAGUAACCGCUUCAAAAGUGAGAUAUAACAAAACAAGUGUGUAGUGCGCAAAACAUUCGAUAAGCCCAUAGUUGAAGCCAGCUGAAUAUCGUUUGAAUAAAGAUAGAACUUUUGGAAACAGACCUGUUGCUGCUAAACACACAAUAUAUAAUCGAAACAAAAAUAAAAAACACUUUGAAAGUGUAAAUAAUACAUGAAAUUUGGAUGGCUGAACAAAAUGUCGAUAAUUUCAAUGAGUGAAUCUUUGAACCGAAGCUAAAAAAUAAAUCUAAAUCAUUCCAAAAUGAUUGUGACAUAGUUGCAGUUUUUGAAACGAGAGUCAAUGACAAUCAGUGAACAUUUAAAUUACCUAACCGAAAGGAGGAUAAUAUCACGAUAAAAAACACACACACACACGCACAAACGACAAUACAAAUAUGAAUCAUAAUAAGCUCAUCGUGAUAAUUUUAUACGUGAUUAGUAUAUGUGACAUACAAAUUAUAAAUGGCCAAACAAAUAAUUCGACAGUGCAGGUGAAGCAUUUGCAGCUGAAGCGUGGAAUGCCCAUAAUAAAAAGUGGAAAACGUCGAUUUCCAGCUCCGAGACAAGAUGACGUUGUGUUUGAGUUAUUUUUCGGCGUGUUUCUGCCCGAAGAGCCAAUUGUAAUUGGUUGUACGUACAAAGAGGCGAUGCCAGCCAUUGAAUUGGCCAUACAAAAACUACAACAGCCCGGUGGUUUAUUCGAAAGAUAUUCAAUUUGUGUUGAAUAUCGUGACACAAAACCAUCAUCACAUCAUGCCACUAUUUCUGCUUUCGAUCUAUUCUCAAAGCAAUCUCAAGAUGUCAUUUUUGGACCGAUGGAAUCUUAUUCUCUGGCUACAAUUAUUCGGUUUGCUGGAUUUUUUGAAACUCCGGUUAUUUCACCGGGCGGUUUUGCACAGGCUUUUACUUUAAAAGACACUUCGGGAUUUCAAACAUUAACCCGUUUGAUCGGCAGUCCAGAGCAUGCGGGUAGCGCGUUGAAUGGCUUAUUUCAUCAAUUUAAUUGGCAUCAUAUCUCGUGGAUGUAUCACAAUCAUGGCGAAACUACCGGACGCGGUAAUUCAGAUUGUUCGUUUAUUUUGGGCGCCAUUCAGAAUAACUUUCCAAAUACUGUCAGCGGACAAGUACAAUUCGACGAGCUAAAAAUGACGAGAGAACAUUUUCGAGAGAUGUUAUCCGAUUUUAAAACAAAAUCAAGAAUUGUUAUGAUGUGUGCAAGCCCUGGUACGAUUCGCGAAAUUAUGUUGGCUGCUGAUGACUUGAAUAUGAUUGACAGUGGAGAAUAUGUAUUCUUUAACAUUGAAUUGUACAGCGGUAAACCGGUAACAAAUACGCAGCCAUGGUAUAAUGCAUCCGAUACCGACGAGAAUAAUUUACGCGCAAAGAAAGCGUACACAGCUCUAUUGACUGUGGUUGGAAAACAGACAUUUGACGAUGAAUACAUGCAAUUUUCGCAACAAUUAAAAGAAUUGGCAGCAUCAAAUUAUAAUUUUACAUUUCCGGAAAAUCAAACGGUCUCAACAUUUGUGACAGCUUUUUACGAUGCAGUAUUUUUGUAUGCAUAUGCAUUAAACGACAGUAUUAAAAUGGAUCCACAGGCUCUUUAUAAACCUAUAAAUGGUACUCAUCUGGCGCAUUUGAUGUGGAAUCGAAGUUUCAAUGGCAUCACUGGCAAAGUUAUUAUUGAUAAAAACGGCGAUCGGAUCUCAGAUUAUUCUUUGCUUGAUAUGGAUCCUGAAACGGGCUAUUUUCACGUUGUUGCCAACUACUUCAAUCACAGCGGUUUAGAGUAUGUGGAAGGCAGGAAAAUUCAUUGGGCUGGAGGACGCACCGACCCUCCGCCCGAUAAGCCCAAAUGCGGUUUUGACAACUCAUUGUGUCCCGCUUUACCCGGUUACGCUAUUCUCUCAUUUGUUUUGGGCAUGGCAAUGGCUGUCAUGGCAAUUAUUUCCUUUUUUGGAUAUCGCCACUACAAAUUGGAGGCCGAAAUCUAUUCUAUGGCUUGGAAAGUUUCGUGGAAUGAUGUGCUUCCGUGUAAUCAACUCAAUAGACAGCGAGGCAGUGUCUAUUCAUUAGCCAAACGAGGAAGUCAACUUACUGUUUACUCAGAAGAAUUGGGUUCACUUGCCGGUGAUAAACAACUAUUCAUCCCAUCUGGCUUCUACAAGGGCUGCAAAGUGGCUAUCAAACGGAUCAACGAAAAAAAUAUUCAUUUAAAUCGAGCACAAAUGCUUGAACUCAAGAAGAUGAAAGAUAUUCAUCAUGAGCAUUUGGUGAAAUUUUAUGGUGCUUGCGUUGACCCACCGAAUUGUUGCAUUUUAACCGAAUACUGUCCAAAAGGAUCUCUACAGGACAUUUUGGAAAAUGAUCAAAUCAAAUUGGAUUGGAUGUUCAAAAUAUCACUUAUGCAUGACAUCGUACGAGGAAUGCACUAUUUGCAUUCAACCGACAUUCGUUCACACGGCAAUUUAAAGUCCUCUAACUGUGUAGUUGAUUCUCGGUUUGUGUUAAAAAUUGCCGAUUUUGGAUUGCAUAGCUUACGAAAAUCAAAUAACGACGAAGACUCGGAGUAUUCAGACAGUUAUGCACACUGGAGAUCGCUAUUGUGGACGGCUCCAGAGCUACUUCGAAUGAAAGAUCCGCCGGUUGAGGGCACACAAAAAGCCGAUGUUUACUCGUUUGGUAUCAUUGUAAAUGAGAUUGCCACACGCCAGGGACCUUUUUACACAGGCAAUAGCUACAUCACACCGAAAGAAAUAAUUGAACGUGUAAAACGAACGGCACACGGUGCACCAUUUCGGCCGACAAUAAACGAUCAAACAUUCGAUGACUUAAAUAAUAUCAUGACAAAAUGCUGGAAAGAGGACCCAACUGAACGACCCGAUUUUAGUAUUUUAAAGACAACCAUACGCAAAGUCAAUAAAGAAAACGAAACGGGAAAUAUAGUGGAUAAUUUAUUAAAACGUAUGGAACAAUAUGCAAAUAAUUUAGAAGGUUUAGUGGAAGAGAGGACGCAAGACUAUUUAGAAGAGAAGCGAAAAUGUGAAGAAUUAUUGUAUCAAUUGUUGCCAAAAUCGGUGGCAGCCCAACUCAUUUUGGGAAAACCGGUCAUUGCUGAAGUGUUUGAACAAGUUACAAUUUAUUUUAGCGAUGUUGUCGGUUUCACACAACUUUCAGCGGCCAGCACUCCGAUGCAAGUCGUUGAUUUACUUAAUGAUCUGUAUACGUGUUUCGAUUCAAUCAUCGAAAAUUUUGAUGUUUACAAAGUCGAAACAAUUGGUGAUGCAUAUAUGAUGGUAUCUGGUUUACCACAACGAAAUGGUGAUAAGCAUGCACGAGAAAUUGCUCGAACUGCGAUUGCUCUACUUAAUAAUGUAUAUAAAUUCAAAAUUCGACAUCGCUCGAACGAACAACUAAAGUUACGAAUUGGAAUUCACUCGGGUCCAUGUGUGGCAGGUGUUGUAGGUUUAAAAAUGCCACGAUACUGUUUGUUUGGUGAUACGGUGAAUACGGCAAGCCGAAUGGAAUCGAAUGGUGAACCGUUAAAGAUUCACAUAAGUCAAAGUACAAAAACAAUUUUGGAUAAAUUUGGAACAUUUGACAUUGCCGAACGUGGUUUGGUCGAGAUGAAAGGAAAGGGUAAAUUGCGCACCUAUUGGCUACAGGGUGAACAACAUUCUGAACUAUACACAAGCACAUUGAACAAUGCGAUAGCUCCGGCCGUCACACCAAAUUAUGACAAAACCAAGGACAAAGAUCCAUUGACAAUGCUACGCACCGGCAUUAUGCGAAGUCGAUCGAAUUCAUUGAUUCCACCAAAUGAUCUUAAAAGUCGUUCAAAUUCUUUAGUUUUAUUAACACCAUCAUCACCAUCAAAUACGGACAAAACAAAUCAAAAUGCAUCGAUCGCAAAUGCCACCAACUGCGGCUCAGUCGGCAACACCGUUGCAUUUGUCAACGCAUUAACCAAUAACAAUCAAUCAAUUUUGAAUAAUUUAGUAAAAACAAAUAAUUUGAAGAAUUGUAAUCUAUCAAAUAGUAGCAAUAAGCUGAAAAUUAACAAUAAUGUUUGUGUAGAAGACAACGGACGAAGUGUGACAAUACCAUUGUUGGCAAGCAGUAAAUCAUAGCAAGAGGACAGUGGUCGUCAACAGGAGCAUAAAAUGUAGGUGAAUCGAACAUGAAAAUACUUUCGUUCGAUUACAAAUUCCACCUAAUCUCAAGUGACAGACGACCAAUUAGAAAUAUAUUUAUACGCAGCAACAGCACUCUUCCGCUUCUAACACACACAUACAUGAACACAAACUUGAUGAACUGUGAAACAUUUCUGGCAUAGUAUUAUUAAAAACAACAACAAUUCAAAUAUAUAUAUCCACACACUUAAUCCAAAUUCGAGAGACUGUAUUCAACGAUAUAUAGAAUUAUAGAUGUGUCCAAUACAUCAAUAUAUAAAUAUAUAUAGGUCUCAACCUACAAGACUCUCCCCUACAUAUAUAUUGAUGUUAGACGUUAUGAUAAAAUAAAACAUAUAAAAGUAAGUAUGUUGAAUGGAAAAGUAUGAAGAUGAUGUUAUAGACUUAGAAGAUCAAACUCAUGGUUAUUGUUAUUCUGAUAUGGCCUAGGCAAUUAACUUAUAUACCCACAAAAAAUAUGCUAUAUUUUCUCAUUUUUGACGUAGAAAAAAAAGUUAAACAUUUGCUUCGUAGAUUCUUUACCUUUUUUUAUUUAUGACAACAACAUACGUAGUCAAAUUUAAGGAAUUUCACUGAACUGUACAUAUUUUGAAUGUUAA